AUGAGAGUCGUAGUGUUUCUCGCCAGCCUCUCCCUGGCUUUAGGGUUUUCACCGAGCCGUCUCUUGGAUUCCCAGACUCUGAUCGUUGGAGGAGUGGAGUCCCCGAUGAAUAGUCGCCCGUACCAGGUAGCAAUUCUUGCCCUUAACGAUGCCGCAGGUCAGGUGUGCGGUGGUACCCUUGUUCACCCGGAAUGGGUAUUGUCGGCAGCUCACUGCGUUGGUCCACUAAAUGAUGUGUGGGUAGGUGUUGGCUUCCACGACCUACGCGACACGGCGGCAGAUGGCGCUACUAUCAUCACAGGCCAAUGGAUAAAACAUGACAAAUUUGACCCAACGGGAACUGGAGACCACGAUAUCGCGCUCAUCAAGCUGGACCAACCUGUAGUGCUCUCAAACAGGGUGCAGCCCAUUCCUAUUGUGAGUGCUGACAGUGAUGUUGCGUGGGGAACCGAUAUAUUGAUCAGCGGCUGGGGAAAACUUAGUCCGGACGACGCCCUCCCAUCUAAGGUUCUACGACAGGUUGUUGUAACGGCCGUUAGAAGAAAGCAUUGUAAGAAUGUUUAUACGCCCAUUGGUGCUCCGGUUUCCGGUAACAUGUUCUGUGCUGCAGCGCCAGGUAAAGACAGCUGCGCGCAUGAUAGCGGUGGCCCUGCCGUCAUUGGUUAUAACGAGAAUAUGCACGUGAAUGGAGUGACCUUAGCAGGGAUCGUAAGCUGGGGCUUUGGAUGUGCAGACCCCGUCUACCCAGGCGUCUACACCCGCAUAUCAAAGUACUGUGAUUGGAUAAGUAACAUGUCGGAAGGUGACGUCUCUUGCUCUUAA